AUGUGUGUGGUUUUAGAGGAAGCGGGCAGGAGGGCAGGCUGCGGUGAUUUCAGAACCCCGGCUGCGCCGGGCAGAGAGCCCGAGCCUGGGAGAGUCACCCUGGGACUGACCGAGAAGAGCUCCCAGGGGCGGGUCAGGGUCAGUAAGCGGCCCCGGGCUGGGGGCGGAGAGGGCGCGGGGGGCGGGGGGCUCGGCGCCGCGAGCUCGGCCAUUGUGGGAGCCGCUCCCCUGCGCCGCAUCGCUGCCGGCCGCCGGCCUCCUCCUCGCGCUCACAGGGUAAGGCGCGGGGCGGCCUCGGGGGUCCCGGCUCCUCCGCCGGCUGCGCGGCGAGCCUCGGAGCGGGGCGGCCGCGCCCCAGCCCCGGGGCGGCGGGCAGACGGGUUGACAGGCAUCCGGCACUGCGGCCGUGCGGGCCUCGCACCUGCGGCGCGAGGAGUGCGGGGAACGCAGGGCGCACGGAGCCCGGGUUCCCUCGGGCGGCCUCUGCCCCGGCCGAAGGGAGGCGUGUUUCCUGGUGGGGGAAAAAUGGGACACAGGAAAGAGACCUGCAGGAGCGGGCAGGGAAAGUCGCCUCCUGGUUCCCGAGAUCUGCCGGUGGCACCGACGCCCUCGGUCACGCGUCCCCGCUCUUUGUCAGCCACGCGCGGCGGGCACGCGGACCCACCCGCGCCGCCACCGGCUCCCGGGAGCGCCCCUCCCCCACCGUGGCGGUGGAGGCGAGGUGGGGAGGGCCCAGCCUGUCAGUGCCGGAUGAUGAAACUGAGUCCCUGA